AUGCAUCACGCCUGUAGUUUUUGUAGUAUUUGGGAUAAGGGUAUAAAAAUAGUAAUAACAAAUAAUUCAUUAAAUACUAAAAUGCCAAAACCCGUAAGUCAAGAAGAUCUCGACUUUGCUCAUGCUGAAGAUGAUAGAUAUCUCCAUGAACUUAAUCAAUGGAGGAAAGAGGGCUUGAAAAAAGCUUUAGAGGAGGAAUAUAAAAGGCGGCAACAAGAUCGUGAGGCUGCUAAAAAAGAGGGACUUAGGAGGUGGCUUGAAUUUGAAAGGGAAAGACAAGAACGAAAUGAAUAUUGGCAGAAGAUUCAAGACCAAAUCACUGAAGAAUACACCGAUGGAGCUUUAAAAGAACAAGAAUUUUACAUUAAUAUUUAUAAACGAAUAAAAGAUAAUUUAUCAAAAAAAGCGGAUUUAAAAUCUCAAUCAUAUGAACCAAGAAAAACAAUUAGAUUGAAAUUAAAUAGACACGCCGAAAUUGAUGUAAUGUCAAAUGAAGCAGCAGCUUUCCCUCUCGCUCAUGUGUGUGUAUUAAUCACAACUCAACAUUCGGAAUUUAUUAAUUUUCUUAUCGUUCGACUUAUAAGAAAAUGUUUUUAUAUAUUACCUCGAUAUUUUGCUCCUGAGAAUGGACAAUCAAUUGAAGAUUAUAAAAAAUUUAUUGGAUACCGAUCUAAUGAGAAUGAUGAAUCAUAUAUUGAAAGAAUGUGUGCAUAUGUUGCAUUCUAUUGCGCAAUUGCACAGACGGAUUCGAUUAUUCCAAGUACAAAUAUCACAGCUUACGAAAUGCAUCGCGCUUUCGGAGACACCGCGUUCAAUUUGUUUGCAGUUAUUUAUGAUUCUUAUAUCGCAAAUCCUCCGCCGGAAGUUCAAAUGUUAUCAGUAACAUCACCAUCAGCAAUGUCACGUUUAAAAACUUUAUUAGAAGAAGCUUCAGAACGAGGUGGUAAAUUUAAUAUACCGGAAGGAAAAUUUCCUUCUUAA